CGUCGCCUCCUCGAUCCCCCCCCUGACGAUGUCGCUCCGGCCGAGCGCGAGGACGGAGGUCCGCCGGAACCGCUACAAGGUGGCGGUGGACGCGGAGGAGGGGCGGCGGCGGAGGGAGGACAACAUGGUGGAGAUUCGCAAGAGCCGGAGGGAGGAGAGCCUGCAGAAGAAGAGGCGGGAGGGCCUCCAGGCCCAGCAAGCGGCGCCCUCGCUCCACUCGUCCGCCGUUGAGAAGAAGCUGGAACAUUUGCCUUCCAUGAUUGGUGGUGUAUAUAGCGAUGAUAAUAACUUGCAACUGGAGGCGACCACUCAAUUUAGAAAAUUGCUCUCUAUUGAACGCAGCCCUCCAAUUGAAGAAGUUAUACAAUCUGGAGUUGUUCCGCGGUUUGUUGAGUUUCUGAUGAGGGAGGAUUUUCCUCAACUUCAGUUCGAAGCAGCGUGGGCUCUUACUAACAUUGCUUCUGGGACAUCUGAGAACACUAAAGUUGUGGUUGAUCAUGGAGCCGUCCCUAUAUUUGUUAAACUUCUUGCUUCUCCUAGUGAUGAUGUCCGUGAGCAGGCUGUUUGGGCACUGGGAAAUGUUGCCGGUGAUUCUCCCAAGUGCCGCGAUCUCGUUCUUGCAAAUGGAGCUUUGCUUCCUUUAUUGGCACAGUUGAAUGAGCAUGCUAAGCUGUCUAUGCUGAGAAAUGCUACCUGGACUCUCUCGAACUUUUGUAGGGGAAAGCCACAGCCUCCUUUUGAUCAGGUUAGGCCCGCACUUCCAGCUCUUGAACGUCUUAUCCAUUCAAAUGAUGAAGAGGUCUUGACUGAUGCAUGUUGGGCACUAUCCUAUCUUUCUGAUGGAACAAAUGACAAAAUACAAGCUGUAAUAGAAGCUGGUGUUUGUCCUAGGCUUAUUGAACUGCUUCUCCAUCCAUCUCCGUCAGUGCUGAUUCCUGCCCUUCGCACUGUUGGGAAUAUCGUCACUGGGGAUGAUUUACAAACUCAGUGCAUCAUCAACCACCAAGCACUUCCAUGCCUUCUCAACCUGUUGACCGGAAAUUACAAGAAAAGCAUCAAGAAGGAAGCGUGUUGGACCAUCUCAAACAUCACUGCUGGAAACAAGGAGCAGAUUCAGGCUGUCAUAGAGGCUAAUAUAAUUGCUCCACUCGUUCAUUUACUUCAAAAUGCUGAAUUCGACAUCAAAAAGGAAGCUGCAUGGGCAAUCUCCAAUGCUACAUCCGGCGGUUCUCAUGAACAGAUAAAGUUCCUUGUUAGUCAAGGGUGUAUCAAGCCCCUGUGUGAUCUUCUCAUCUGUCCUGAUCCAAGAAUUGUGACUGUCUGUUUAGAAGGUCUUGAGAACAUAUUGAAGGUUGGGGAAGCUGAGAAAAACCUAGGAGGUACUGGUGAUGUGAAUCUUUACGCUCAAAUGAUUGACGAUGCCGAGGGCUUAGAGAAGAUUGAGAACUUGCAGAGUCAUGACAACAAUGAGAUAUAUGAGAAAGCAGUGAAGCUUCUUGAAACAUAUUGGUUGGAAGAAGAUGAUGAUGCGAUGCCUCCUGAGGAUUCUGCCCACCCUGGUUUACAGUUUGGAGCAAGUGAGCUGCCUCCUGUUCCAUCUGGUGGCUUCAAGUUUGGCUAAGGGAAAGCUGCUGCUGAAUUAUAUAAAGUUGUCAAACUGCGGAGGGAUGGAAUCUGCAUUGAGGUCAGGUGUCACUCAUAUUGUCGCCCUGUUGUGUCCAGUUGUUAUGAGAUUUUGGAGUCAUGCUUGGAGUGGCUUGGGUCUGGAUUAAGCUUGUGAAGAGAGCAAUGCAGUGUGGUUGUAUCUGGAUUGAUGAUGCUGCAGCUAAAGAGCUCUUGGUUGAAGUUUUUGUUGCAAGAGGUCGUCGCUGUCAAUUGGGCUCUUCGGUUAAGAAUCUUGCAGUUUUAAAGUGAUUACUGUCGGGCUAUUGUAGUCUUGUUGUCUUCACAAUUAUAUAUUGUUAUAUUGCUCUGCUGAAAUCUUGAGCAGUAUUUCACUUCUUUACAGUUAAGGGUCAAUAUUAUAGUCAUUUUCUUGCUGUUCUUGCGAAUUUUCCUGUCCUCGUGACAGAGCGUAGCAGCAAUUGUUGAAAUGUCAACUCUUAUGUUAUAUGCAAAAGAUGUGAAUAAAUGGUUCCUUUGGCUU